GACCAAGAAUGACGUCAAACAGCUUCAAAAUAAUGAUGUGAGUAGUUUCAAUGUGUCGGAUGGACUGCACAAAUGAACAGGGCGUUAUAUGGUCAGACUUCCAAACUAACUUCUGAAGACUUUUUACUCUUCGAAUUUCCGAUCCGGUUCAACUUCAAAAGUGGGUCAUGCUCUCUGUUGCUCUCGCCCUGUUGCUGUUACAUUACCAAACGCUAGAGGGGAGUGCAGACCCUAUUUCGUGCUACGAUGACUUGGGAAAAGCUGUGGAUUGGUUUUAUCUCUACAAACUCCCUCACCAUAAGACCCGUUUUGAGGGGCUGAAGUAUCUUUUCAUGAGCCAAGGGAGUGAGGGAUGGGCUGAUGGGCAAGGACUGGUGAAUGACAGUGCAGGAGCCUUGGGACGGACUCUUGGACAACUAUACACGAGCACUGAGCAGGGCUACAUACUGUACAAUGAUCAGCCUCCUGCACCAGAGCCUGGGAUUGGAACAUCUGAAAAUGUUGGUAGAGGUGGAGGUCAUACCAAAGGUGUUGUCUUGUUUGACAAAAAGCAAGGUUAUUGGUUGGUCCACAGCACACCACGUUUUCCCCCACCCAAGAAAGUCGGACAGUUUUCAUACCCAGACAGUGGUGUUUUGAAUGGCCAGAACUUCAUCUGUGUCACCUACCCCCUGGAUCGCUUCCAGACAAUAGGGGAACAGUUACAGAUUAAUCAUCCGCACAUCUUUGACUGCCAUAUUCCCGAUUCCCUCGCCUCUUCUGUGCAAUCCAUGGUCCAGCUGUGUAAGCUCAGCCAAGGACAGAGAUGGAAUGCCAGUCUUGCACAUGAUGUCCCCAAAGUAUCCAAUCGCAGCGUGUCACUCACAUCAUUGGGUGGGACUACAUUCAUCGACUUUGCUAAAGGAGCAACCUUUGCAAACGAUCUCUAUCACUCUUGGGUGGCGCCUACUCUUCAGUCCGACCUGCUGGUUCAGUUCUGGCAGCGCUCCACUGGGAUUGAGCCCUCAAACUGCUCCGGUAGCUGGAAGGUGCUGAACGUCCAGCAGCUUGCCCCUGGGCAGAGGUUCACCUUUGAUGCUACAGACGACCACUCCAAGUGGGCGGUCAGCACUACGGCUGCGUCUGGAAGUGCAGGUGGCUGGGUCUGUGUGGGCGACAUCAACCGCAAUAAGGCAGAGGAGAAGAGAGGUGGAGGAACUGUGUGCCUCCAAGAUCCCACUGUGUGGAAAGCCUACCGAAGCACAGCCCUGAAGUGUCUGUCCUGCGAUGGAGGACAAUGUGACUGUGGUGCGGCAACAGGGAGAUAGAGCAGCGAUAUUGUUUUUCAAGGGAAAACAUUUCUACACUCCUAUGGCUCAUAUCAGAGAUGUAUGCACUUUGCUCAGGUAUUUGUUGCUUUUACUGUAAAAUAUGAUUAAGAAUUUUUAUAGACACCUUUAAAAAAAAAAUCAAGCAGUAUUUUACUUUCUACUUCCCCUAACCUCUACAAAUUGAUAAUAAAUAACAUUGGCAGUCAGGAAACAGUGUAUUUACCUUUACUAUAUACAUUUACACAAUCCUCCUACAUUUUUGUGUUAAGGCGCUGCUGUUGCUUCACCACAGACACUUUUCAUUACACAGCUAAUGUAAUCCACACUCUUGUCACUGAUUGGCCCACCAUCCUGGUGGUUGAGGGAAACAUAAACGCAUUGAGACGAGUAUCUCAGUGAAAUUAAAAGAGUGCCUAAUUGCCUAAUGCUGCUUACAGAGCAAAUGAAUUAUUGUCCAACAUAAAAAGUUAACCC